AUGUGGCUGAACGGUGAGAAGGUUGUGGAUAACAACGGCUGCCAUGGAGAGACGGAGCGUUCGAGCACCAAGAAGAAGUACAAGGCAGGUUCCCACCCGUUGGUGGUGGACAUGUGUGAACUCGGUGGCGGCGAGGUGCUCAAGAUGCGCUACAAAGGGCCCGACACAGGCAACUCCAAGAAGACGGUGCCCAAGUCCGCGCUGCGACUGCCAGUGCAGAAGCGCCUCAUUCGUGGAAGUCUCAUAUUUGUGUCACUGCCUGGUUCGCUCGGGAGAAUGUUCGUUAUAAGCGUGCUUUGCAGUGCGGUGCUCUUUGUUGAAGCCGUUCUCUGCGCGUAA